CUCCCGCCAGGCCGCCUCUCAGGCAGACUUGCUCUCCGCUGUCUCUGCGCUCCGCCUCCUGGCUUCUGCCACCUGGACGGGCGACGCCGGGUGACCGGAGCGCGAGGAUUAAGCGGGUGGGAAGGUGUGAGCCGCAAACCCAGAGGAGGGCGGGAAGGAGGAGGAGGAGGCCCCGGGGGUGGUCAGGGGGACUGGGGAUCCCGUCAGCAGAGGUCCCUGGGCAGCCCGACUGACUGACGGGCUGAGUGACUGUAGCGACCUCCGGUCCGGACUCUCGGAGCGGAGCGGCGCGGUGAACGGAGCCAUGGCCUCAGGUGGGUUUAACCCAUGUAUAGAGAUAAUUGAACAACCCAGGCAAAGGGGAAUGCGUUUUAGAUACAAAUGUGAAGGGCGAUCAGCAGGCAGCAUUCCAGGGGAGCACAGCACAGACAACAACAGAACAUACCCAUCCAUCCAGAUUUCGAACUAUUAUGGAAAAUUAAAAGUGAGAAUUACAUUAGUAACAAAGAAUGACCCUUAUAAACCUCAUCCUCAUGAUUUAGUAGGAAAAGACUGCAGAGAUGGCUACUAUGAAGCAGAAUUUGGGCAAGAACGCAGGCCUUUGUUUUUUCAAAAUUUGGGUAUUCGAUGUGUGAAAAAAAAAGAAGUAAAAGAAGCUAUUAUUUCAAGAAUAAGGGCAGGAAUCAAUCCUUUCAAUGUCCCUGAACAACAGCUACUUGAUAUUGAAGAUUGUGACCUCAACGUGGUGAGAUUAUGUUUUCAAGUUUUCCUCCCUGAUGAACAUGGUAAUUUGGCAACUGCUCUACCUCCUGUUGUCUCCAACCCAAUUUAUGACAACCGUGCUCCUAAUACUGCAGAAUUAAGGAUUUGUCGUGUAAACAAGAACUGUGGAAGUGUCAAAGGAGGAGAUGAAAUAUUUCUACUCUGUGACAAAGUUCAGAAAGAUGACAUAGAAGUUCGGUUUGUGUUGAAUGAGUGGGAAGCAAAAGGUGUCUUUUCACAAGCUGAUGUACACCGUCAAGUAGCCAUUGUUUUCAAGACUCCACCAUACUGCAAAGCUAUAACGGAACCGGUAACAGUAAAGAUGCAGUUGCGGCGACCUUCUGAUCAGGAAGUUAGUGAAUCUAUGGAUUUUAGAUACCUGCCAGAUGAAAAGGACACAUAUGGAAAUAAAGCAAAGAAACAAAAAACAACUCUGCUUUUCCAGAAACUGUGGCAGGAUUGUGGAGUUAAUUUUCCUGAAAGACCUAGACCUAGCCCCCUAGGACCAACUGGAGAAGCAAGAUUCAUCAAAAAAGAACCAAACUUGUUUUCUCAUGGUGCAGUUUUGCCAGAAACUUCCAGGCCUGUUUCAAGUCAAGCAGAAUCCUACUAUUCUUCCUCUGCGUCCAUCUCAAGUACAUUGUCACAUCCUGCUUCAGCCAUACUACCAAUGGGUACUCAGUCUUCUUCAGGCUGGUCAUCAAUCGCCCACCCCACCUCACGCUCAGUUAAUACGAAUUCACUGAGUGGUUUUUCAACAGGGACACUUUCCUCUAAUUCACAAGUUAUCCCACCAUUCCUGGAAAUGAGUGAUCUGAAUGCUUCUAGUGCUUGUAUUUAUAACAAUACUAAUGACAUAGGUAGAAUGGAAGCAUCAUCCGUAUCACCAGCUGACUUAUAUGGUAUUUCUGAUGCCAGCAUGCUGCCUAACUGCCCUGUGAACAUGAUAACACCCAGUAAUGACAGCAUGAGGGAGACCGAUAAUCCGAGACUCGUGAGCAUGAAUCUUGAAAAUCCUUCUUGUAAUUCAGUGUUAGACCCAAGAGACUUGAGACAGCUCCACCAGAUGUCUUCUUCCAGCAUGUCAACAGUCACCAGUUCUAGUACUGCUGCUUUUGUUGCACAGUCAGAGGCAUUUGAUGGAUCUGACUUUAAUUGUGCAGAUAACAGUAUGAUAAAUGAGGCAGGACCAUCAAACGGUACUAAUGCAAACAGUCAUAACUUUGGUCAAAAUAGUCAGUAUUCAGGUAUUGGAGCUAUGCAGAAUGAACAAUUGAAUGACUCAUUUCCAUUUGAAUUUUUUCAAGUUAACUUGUAAGAUAUAAAUGUUGAGAGAAAGAGAGAAGUCGCUCAGUCGUGUCCGACUCUGCGACCCCACGGGCUGUAGCCUACCAGGCUCCUCCGUCCAUGGGAUUUUCCAGGCAAGAGUAUUGGAGUGGGUUGCCAUUUCCUUCUCCAGGAGAUCUUCCUGACCCAGGGAUUGAACCCGGGUCUCCUGCAUUGCAGGCAUAUAAAUGGUGAUUCAAGAAUUAAAUCCUUUUGAAGGUAACUAUUUUGAUGCUACCUUUAUAUAUGCUACCUUUAUAUGCUAUUUUGACGCUACCUUUAUAUAUCAGUCAAGUUUCCUUGACUGAUGCCAUACCACAUUCAUAGACCCUUGGACCCUUGAACAACAUAGGUUUGAACUGUGUGGGCAGGUCCCCUUAUGUGCAGAUUUUCUUUACUAUGUCACAGUUGGAGAUUGGUUGAAUUUAUGGAUAUAGAACCAUAGAAACAGAGGGCCAACUAUACAGUUUUUUUUUUUAAUUGGAAUAUAAUUGCUUUAUAAUGUUGUGUUAGUCCAACUGUAGAGUUUUAAACACAAAUUUUUCACUGUACUGUCAGUACAGUGUUAGCACCCCAACCCCCAUGUUGUUCAAGGGUCAGCUGUACUUAUAACUAGGUAUGUAAGGGGUUCCUCCAACAGGCAAUUUUGGCUUGGGAGCUUCUUGUUUUGCUGAGACAGACCUUUUUGAAAUACAACAAAUGCUCAGUGCUUGAAGCUGUAGCCAAAAGAGAGGGAGGAACUCAUUUCCUAACUUCAGGAAGAGUUACAAAAAGUCUAGUAUUCAUUUACAGAAGACUUUUGCUUCAAAAGUAGAUAAAUCCGACAGACUGAACUCCUGGGCUAUGAUGCAUUGUGGAGUCCUACAUACAAAAAAAGUUUACAUAAACCAAUGUAUGAUAAAUCUGACAUAUUAAAUAUUGAAUAAAAUCAAUUUUUCCAUUUUAAAAAACCGCUAACUUUGGGUUGUUUUGGGUAUGUAGAAGCAACCCAUACAUACUUUGGGUAUGUAGAAUACAAAGUUGGAAACAGUCACAAAAGAAAAAUUCCAGAAUAGAAAUUUAAAAGAGCUUUACUGUUUCUUCUUUUGAAAUAUUUGUGGUAAGAAUUCUGACCCAAAAAAAAAAAAAAGAGAAUUUUGUCCUGAGAGUCCUGCCUCAUUUCCCCAGGAGAGACUGAAGGAGAACAUUAGAGCAAAAGUUCAGUUUUUUCAGUUCAGUUUCAGUUUUUUCUAUUUCUUUUAUAAUGUAUUAAUGUAGUCUUAAUUAAAUGAAUGAAUGGAUAUUUGCUUUUAAGCAAAUUAAAGGUAAAACCUGUAAUGGCUAUGCCAUUGGAAAAAUUAAUUCCUUUAUUUUUGGGGACCCCUAAAAUAAACCCCAAGGUGACCCCUAGGGGGUUUUCUGGGAUUUUUAGAGUUGCUAAGAUUUACAUGUAACUCAAACUUCCUUUAAAAUGCCAAGUUGAGCAGAAGGCAGUAAGCUUUCAAGGUAUGGGAGUUCUCUACAUUUUGUACUGUUUAGAUCCAUACCUUUAAAAUUGCUUGACUUUAGCUUUAGAGUUGAGUUCAGUCGCUCAGUUGUGUCCAACUCUUUGUGACCCCAUGGACUGCAGCAUGCCAGGCUUCCCUGUCCAACACCAACCUCUGGAACUUACUCAGACUCACGUCCAUCGAGUCAGUGAUGCCAUCCAACCAUCUCAUCUUCUUGUCAGCCCUUUCUCCUCCUGCCUUCAAUCUUCCCCAGUAUCAGGGUCUUUUCUAAUGAGUGAGUUCUUUGCAUCAGGUGGCCAAAAUAUUGGAGUUUCAGCUUCAGCAUCAGUCCUUCCAAUGAACAUUCAGGACUGAUUUCCUUUAGGAUUGACUGGGUUGGAUCUCCUUGCAGUCCAAAGGACUCUCAAGAGUCUUCUCCAACACCACAGUUCAAAAGCAUCAAUUCUUUGGUGCUCAGCUUUCUUCAUAGUCCACCUCUCACAUCCAUACAUGACUACUGGAAAAACCAUAGCUUUGACUAGACAGACCUUUGUUGGCAAAGUAAUGUCUCUGCUUUUUAAUAUGCUGCCUAGGUCGAUCAUAACUUUCCUUCCAAGGAGCAAGUGUCUUUUAAUUUCAUGGCUGCAGUGAUUUUGAAGCCUAAGAAAAUAGUCUGCCACUGUUUCCACUGUUUCCCCAUCUAUUUGCCCUGAAGUGAUGGGGAUGCCAUGAUCAUAGUUUUCUGAAUGUUGAGUGUUAAGCCAUCUUUUUCACUCUCCUCUUUCACUUUCAUCAAGAGGCUCUUUAGUUCCUCUUCACUUUCUGCCAUAAGGGUGGUGUCAUCUGCAUAUCUGAGGUUAUUGAUACUUCUCCCAGCAAUCUUGAUUCCAGCUUACAUUUCAUGCAGCCUGGCGUUUCACAUGAUGUACUCUGCAUAUAAGUUAAAUAAGCAGGGUGACAAUAUACAGCCUUGACGUACUCCUUUUCCUAUUUGGAACCAGUCUGUUGUUCCAUGUCCAAUUCUCACUGUUGCUUCUUGACCUGCACACAGAUUUCUCAAAAGGUAGGUCAUGUGGUCUGGUAUUGCCAUCUCUUGAAUAAUUUUCUAUAGUUUGUGGUGAUCUACACAGUCAAAGGCUUUGGCCUAGUCAGUAAACCAGACAUAGAUGUUUUUCUGGAACUCUCUUGCUUUUUUGAUGAUCCAGUGGAUGUUGGCAAUUUGAUCUCUGGUUUCUCUGCUUUUUCUAAAUCCAGCUUGGACAUCUGGAAGUUCACGGUUCAUGCCGUACUAUUGAAGCCUGGCUUGGAGAAUUUUGAGCACUACUUUGCUAGCAUGUGAGAUGAGUGCAAUUGUGCAGUAGUUUGAACAUUCUUUGGCAUUGCCUUUCUGUGGGGUUGGAAUGAAAACUGACCUUUUCCAGUCCUGUGGCCACUGCUGAGUUUUCCAAAAUUACAUCCAUGUUUUAAGAGGAAGAAGUUUCCUUAAACCUUUCCUCUUCUGUUUUGCAUCCAAACUCACUGUGAUCUCAUCCAGUUUCAUGCUGUCAACUCCCAAAUUUUACCCCUAGCUUAGAUCCACCCCUGAACUCCAGACUUGGAGAAAGAGAGAGAGAGCGAGCUUGUGUGUGUAUGUAGAACAGCUGGUGUAACAUGUCUGCAUGAAAUUCUAAUUAAAGCUCAAACUCAACACACCCGGAGCUGAGUUCUUAAUCUUCUCUCCCAAACUUGCUUGUCCUUCCUCAUAAAAGGCAAUGUCAUGUUUCUAGUUGCUCAUAUUCAAAACAGUGGAGUCAUCUUUGCUUCUUUCUUUUUAUCUCCCAUAUCCAAUCCACCAGCAAAUGAUAGGCCCCACCUUUGAAAUAUAUCCAAAGCUGACAACCUCUUUUGACCUUUGCUGUUAAUAUCCUGUUCCAGACCAUAUAUUCUCUUGCCUAGAUUGAAUUAUCUAGGCAAGUCUGUUCUCUGUUGAGUACCCACAGCGAUUCUUUUUAAAAGAAAUGAAAUCAUAAUCACUUGCUCAAAACUAUCCAGUGGCUCCCCGUCUCACUCAGAGUAGACACCAAAGUCCUUAAAAUUAGCAGGCCCACACUCCCUUCCUCUCCUCACCUCACCCACUACCAUUUUCCCCUUCUCAUUCAACUCCAGGCUCUCUGGCUUCAGCACUCCUCUUCAAAAACACCAAGUACAGUUAUCAGCAGCUAAUGAAUAUAAAUGAGUAAAUGGUGCUGAGUACUUUUUUUUUAAGCCACAGUUUCAUUUUCUUAGUUAAAACAGGAUUAAGUGGUGUUUUUUUUUUUUUUUUUUUUUUUAGCAACUUUAAUUGUAACAAUGGGCUUCCCUGGUAGCUCAGUUGAUAAAGAAUCUGCCUGCAAUGCAGGAGACCUGGGUUCAAUCCCUGGGUUGGGAAGAUCCCUUGGAGAAGGGAACGGCUGCUCACUCCAGUAUUCUGGCCUGGAGAAUUCCAUGGAUUGUAUAGUCCAUGGGGUUGCAAAGAGUUGGCCACGACUGAGUGCCUUUCACUUUCACUUAAGUAUAACAACUGGAAUUAAGUGUAUUUUCUAUUAAUAAAAAUGAAUUUUGACCAAAAAACCUAAGUAGACUCCUGCUGCAGACCCUUUGGUGUUGGUGUUCCCUCUGCCUUUAAUGUUUUUCUCAGCUGUAUAUGUAGCUCACACCUUGCACCCUUCACUCUCACUCAACUGUUACUUGAUCAAGGCCUUCCUUAACUGUAUAUACAUUGGUACUCCAUGUCUCCCCUCCUUUAAAUUUGUCCAUAACACUUAUCAUGAUCUGACUCUUGUUUGUUUGUCUUUGUUUUCCUAUACUAGAAUAUAAGCUUCAUGAGGGCAAAGUUUUCUGUUUUUGUUGAACCCUGCAUUUGUAGAACCAUGUCUGCUUCAUAUUAAACACUUAGUAAGUAUUGAACAUUCAGAGUAUUACUAAUAGAACUUUGGUUUUUGAAAGAAAGAAUAUCUUUAAUUAUUAAAUGUUUAUGAUUUUUAUAGUUCAUGUGACAUUUCAGUCUGUUUCAUGUGACAUUCAGUUUAUUAUAUCAGAAUCAUGUAUAUCAGAAUCAAUCAUUCAGGUUGAUGAUUAACUACUUUGCUUUCAAAGCUAUUUGCCUUCAAAACUAUUUGAAAGCAAAGUAAUUCCAGUGACAAAAUGACUGUAGAAUUUGGCCAGUAAUCUUAAUUGUGAUGCUAAGUAAUUUAUUAAAGACCUAGUUUAUUUUACAACUAGACCCUACCACAAUUGUUGAGCAUAUUCCUAGCUAUAAACAAUGUCUUUUCACUUAUAUAGGGGCUUUCCUGGUAGCUCAGCUCGUAAAGAAUCUGCCUGCAAUGCAGGAGACCCUGGUUCGAUUCCUUGGUCAGGAAGAUCCCCUGGAGAAGUGCAUGGCAACCCACUCCAGUAUUCUUGCCUGGAGAAUCCCCAUGGACAGAGGAGCCUAGUGGGCUACAGUCCAUGGGGUCACAAAAAGUGGGACACAACUGAGUGACUAAGCAUAGCACAGUAUCCAACCAAACCAUAAAUUUACUGGGAUGAUUAAAAACUGGUCAAUUUUGUCAAAAUGAGGAGUGUGUGACUGUCAUAAAAAUUAAAAUUCUGAGUUGAGUGAUUCUAGGAAAUGAGGAGGGAGAACAAGAUAAGACUGGGGGUCAGGAUAGUUUGAGAAGCAAUAAGAUACCUAACUCACUAAUAUUUCUGAGUUAUGAUUUCAAAGUGACGUAUUUUUAUUAUACAACUAUAAAAAUCAUAAGCAUAUAAUAUACUUUAGUAGAACUUACCAGAAAAAACCUGAAGGCAUAAUUUCUUUCCUGUUCAAAAUAUGAACCCCAGAUAUCUCCAGACAGUGGCUUAUAGAUGACGAACUUCUUUUUAAAUACAGAAUUGUAUAAUUUUGUAUAUAUUAACUUGCACUUAUCAGCUUAAACACUGUUAGGAUAUUUUAAAUUAAACAACCAACUUGUUCUGCAGGUUUUUUCCUGUCUAAGUGGAAGUAAGGUCCUGCUAAAUUUGUAUUCAGAGUAUUUCCCAAGGUUUUUUAACUUUUCAGGUGCUAUUUAUUGAUCAUAAAUUUUAUUUUAUAAUUUUAAAAAACUGGCAGCUUACUUCUUCUUUUUCUCUAAAUGUGGUUAUACUUUCAUCUGUUCUUCUGUCACCCCACUUAAAGUUCUGAAGAAAAAAGGACCUCUUGCUUUGUAAGCUCUUCUUAUAUAGCAGUUCCCUCCUUUUCUCUCCCAUCUUGUUUCUGUAUCCUCAUGUAACAUUUAGUGCUUUUCUUGUAUAAACACAGUAAAUGUUUCCUCUCACUUAAAAGAGCAAGAAUAAACACUUAUCCCACUGCUGUCAUGCUCCCUCCCUUCAUGUCCAGCGCUGUCCAGCUGUAUGAAGUAUGUUUAGCCUGUUUCCUCACUUCCCAGUCAUUCUUUAGCCUGUCAGGCUUUCUCUUUUCUCCUCCUAUUUACUUAGGAUAUCCUGGGAAGUAACCAGAUACCCUCCCUUGUCAAAUCUAGUGUGUUCUUACCAGCCUUCACUCUGCUCAACCGAUUCAUAACCUGUCCUCUUGACCACUCCCUCGUAGGGUACUCCUCUCUGAUGUUGACUUUUGUUCCAGGGUCUCGAUCCCAGCGCUCGGUUGGUGCUAUUUUUUCCCCUGGUUAAACUCAUGAGUGCCCAAAAGAAACCUUCAGCUUUCCCUCAAAAACUGGCUGCUCCUGUCACAUUCUUGACUUUCAUUAAUGGCAUUACCAUGGACCCUGCCACUGAAGAUACUUAAUAGAAGCCUCGGAAUCAUUUUAUUCUUUUUUCUCCUCACACUGAAAGAGUUAUCAAGUCUUUUUGGAUCUGCCUUCUAAAAAACUCUCUUGCAUUUGUCCCUGCUUCACUUCUGCUGCAUUCUUAGUUUAGGCCUUCAUUCUUCUUCCCUCACAAGAAUCUUUUCCAUGUUGCUCCAGUUAAAAAAGAAUUCCCCAUACUUCCAAUCCAGUAUAUUACAUAGUUAGCAUUCCUUGAGAAACAAACAAACAAAAACCUCUCUCAGGUCCCUAGGCCUCCGUGCCUUUAACAUGUCCGCUCUGCCUCUGCUUUUCACAACCACAGCAAAUGGCCUUUGAGAGCUGUGUGAUGUUUGGUCUGCCUCCCUAGCUGAGGCACAGCUUUGCACAUGUCCCCAUUGCAGACCUCCUCGCACUGAAUUAUACACUUACAUAGUUUAUCUCAUUCACCUUUGGGACUCCAUUGCUUAGCAUAAUCCCUGGCUGGUGCUAAAUAAAUGGUAGUAUUAACAGAGGGAAAGAAUGAAACUGACAUAGAUGUGAUUAUAAAAAAUGUGAACAAGUAUAUGAUUUUUAAAUCAUAUAAAUGAUUUAAAUGAUUAUUUAAUCUGGUAGGGAAAGCAGUGAUUGCCAG